GAAUUAGUUUAUUUCUUUACUUAUUAUCGAAAACACAUCGCAUUUUAAAAUGACAACUAAAAAUUGUCUUGCAAUUAAAUUGCUAAUAUUAAUAUUAUUAAAUAUAAUAUGUUUUGUAAAAACUUCAUUAGUUCUUAAUAACAAUUACUUUGCAGUUGAGGAAGGCUCUGGUUUCGAUACCGAUUUGAUAUCUGUUAAUAGUUUUGGAACUCAUGUAGCAACACAUGAUCAAAAUGUUGCCGUUAUGGAAGAGAAAAUAAAAUCUUUGGCAGAAACCUUUAACCAACUGGAACAGAAAAUAAGCAGUCUUAUCAAUGAUAAUAUGGAAUUGUUGGAAGACAAAUUUCAGAAAAUAAUGGACGAUAAAGUAUCAAAUAUGAAUCAAAUAGUCGAAGAAAAAAUUAAAAUGAUCGGUGACGGCAAACCCACUUACAAUGUGCAGGAAUUAAAAUGUUUCAAUAAUCGUUUACCCAAAAGUUGCUAUGAUAUUAGCGAAUGUCAUAAUAACAUCUACAGUAUAAUGUUACCGGAAAUCAGCAAUAAAUCGUUUCCAGCUGUAUGUGAUUUAAAAUCUCUGGAUGGUGGUUGGACCAUUAUACAGCAACGUCAAGAUGGUUCUGAAAAUUUCUUUAGAAAUUGGACAGAUUACGUAGAAGGAUUCGGUAAUUUGAAAGGCGAAUUUUUUAUAGGCUUAGAAAAACUUUACGCCCUUACCUCGCUGAAUGAGCCUCAAGAAUUAUAUAUAAAAUUACAAGAUUUUGAAGGUGAAACACGUUAUGCUAGAUAUGGGAAAUUUAAAGUUGAUUCUAAGAGUACAGAUUACACGUUAACUGUGGGAGAUUACUCUGGAAAUGCUGGCGAUUGUUUAAGUCAACAUAAUGGUUAUAAGUUUUCUACCCAGGAUCGGGAUAAUGAUAUACAACCCACCAGAAACUGUGCUAAACACUGGAAGGGAGCUUGGUGGUAUAUGAAUUGUUUUCAUAGUAACUUAAAUGGCGAAUAUUUGGCUGGAAAAAUUAAAGCUUCAGAAGGAGGUAUAUCCUGGUGUGGAUUUCGUAACUACGGAUAUUCUCUAAAGUCCGUGCAAAUGAUGAUACGAACAAGGAAUAAUUGAAAUUAGAACUGGACAUUGUUAAAAAAUAAACAGUAGAUUUAAGUAUCUGCGUAUAAGAAAUCAUAUGUUAAAAUAGUGGGUAACUGUUUAUUCAGUAAAAAAUACUCUCUUAAAAUUCAAGAUAAAUAAGUUAUUACUUAUGCAACAAUAAAAUAAGUAGUUACAUGUUA